AUGAUAUCGACCAGGAAAACGACCCUCAAGCCCGCAAACAACAUGGUUACCCAGUUUGUGCGUGGGAAAAGAACCAAAAGCAAGGGCGGCCUAUCGCCCGUUUUGCAAAGAGCUGUCACCCAGCUGAGUGUCAUGUCUGCUGGUAGAAAGCAGCCCAAAAUGCUCAAACUUUCGCGUGAGGACUUUAUUAAGCAUCAGACUAUCCAAAACUGCUGGGCGAUGUACCAAAGAGAGCUUCGUGAUAAGCGGAAGGAGCAGCUGAGAAUGCAAUAUAAGAGCAUUGAGCAGGCGAUGCAGCAGCUGCAGCAGCUGGACCCGGAGCUCUUUGACGCCGCCAACGCCUCUGAGGCCGGGAAAAGGUUUCCGCUGGAGAUGAAAGUGCCCACAGAGUUUCCACCCAACCAGGUAUGGCACUACAAUUACAAGCCCAAGCAAGAUUAG